AUGAACCCUAACGAGCCUCCUAUUAUAGAUUUCGCCCCCUUCUAUACCAACGACCCAAAAGACCUCAUCGACCAAAUCAAACAAGCAUGUGAACAAUUCGGCUUCUUCCAGCUAAUCAACCACCCUAUCCCAACCGGAUUACAAACCGCAGUUCUAAAACACUCAAGCGAAUUCUUCAAUCUCCCCUUAGAAACAAAAGAACAAUACAACCAAGCCACCGGUGGCUUCAACCGCGGAUACGAGCGACUACGCUCUCAGAACUUCGAGAAACGAACAAAAGGCGACCUCAAAGAAGGCUUUUAUCUUGGUAAAGACCUCCCACUCGACAAUGAAUACGUAGUCCAGCGACGCUUCGGUCACGGACCGAAUAAGUAUCCAUCCGAAGUCAGCGAUGCACAGGGCUUCCGUCGCGUCAUGGACGAGUACCACGACGCCAUGAUCGAGCUUUCUGUGGCCAUUAUGCAGGUUCUAGCCCGCACGCUGGGUCUAGAUGGUGAUGCUUUUGGGGAUUUUUGCGAUAACCCUGUCUCCAUUCUUCGAUUGCUUCAUUAUCCGCCUCAAGAGGUGGAUGCGUCGGGUCUUGAGAGAGGAAUCGGCGCUCACACGGAUUUCGGCGCUAUCACUAUGCUUCUGCAGGAUGAUACGGGCGGUUUGCAGGUCUGGAAUAACCUCUCAUCCGAAUGGGUCGAUGUCACUCCUGUUCCCGGGGCGUAUGUUGUCAAUUUGGGGAAUAUGAUGAUGCGCUGGACGAAUAACCGGUACUUGUCGAAUCUGCACCGUGUCAUCAAUACCAGUGGGAAAGAACGCUUUAGCGUUCCGUUUUUCUUCUCCGGGAAUCCGAACUACACUAUCCGCUGUCUUCCUGGCUGUGAAGAUCCCCAGGAAGGCGCAAGAUAUCCCCCGAUUACCGUUCAUGACUGGAUGACUGGAAGGUACGCUGAUACUUAUGGGACUUCAGAUGGGAAGGCUAUUGGGGAGAUGCGCAAGGAACCUGGUAAAGAUGUGUGUUAA